UGUGAAUCUUUGGAACCCUCUACCCCAGAGGGCUAUGGAAGCUCAGUCAUUGAGCAUCUUUGAAGCAGGGAUUGAUAGAUUUCUAAAUACCAAUGACAUAAAGUGAUUUGGGAAUAGUGUGGGGAAUAAAGGCAUUGAAGUGGACGAUCAGCCAUGAUUGUGUUGAAUGGCGGAGCAGGCUCGAUUGGCUGAAUGGCCUAUUCCUGCUGCUAUGUUCCAAUCCUCUUUGUAUGCAGUGGUGGCACCAGAAAACUGGAGAAUUGCGAAUGUUACACCCUUGUUCAAAAAAAGGCUGUAAAGAUAAGACCAGUAACUGCAAACCAGUCAGUUUAACCUCAGUGAUGGGAAAGCUUUUAGAAACUAUAAUUCAGCGCAAAUUUAAUGUCACUUCGAAAAUGUGGAUUAAUUGAGGCAAACAAGCACAGAUUUGUUAAAGGCAAAUUGUGUCUAACUAACUUGCUUGGGUCUUUUGAUGAGGUAACAUAAAGGGUUAAUGAGGGUAAAAGGCAUUUGAUAAAGUGCUAUGUGAUGGGCUUGUCAGUAAAAUUAGAGCCCAUGAAAUUAAUGGGACAGUAGCGGCAUGGAUAUGAAAUUGGCUGAGUGUCAGGAAAUGGAGAGUAGUGGUGAAAGGUUGUUUUCAGACUGGGUUCCCUGGGCCUGUGUCAGUUCUUAUCUUGAUUUAUAUUUAUGACCUAGACUUGUGUGUGCAGGGCACAAUUUCAAAAUUUGCAGAUGACACAAACCUUGGAACUGCGGGGAGUAUAGUGAUAGACUUCAAAAGGACAUAGGCUCCUGGAAUGGGUGGACAGGUGCCAGAUGAAAUUUAAUGCAGAUUAACCUUGCAUUCUGUCAACCUUUUCGCUGCUUUUGCUCAGAUGGCAAUACUGUGGAGGGGCGACUGAUUUACACUGGAAAUUUGGCCAGAGCAGUACUUGGGGUGAAGUUCUUCUCCUACUCCACCAGUAUUUUUAGUUUUUGCGUGAUCCCUUACAUACUCUUGCAGUCUGGUCUUGGAAUUCAGAGCCCUGCAUUACAAAUAGCUUUCUGCGGCACAAUGGGAUUCUUUACUUUUUUAAGUCCUAUGAUAUUGCACCUCCUCACCAAAGGUUAUGUGGUUCGCCUAUAUCACGAUGCGAAAACUGACAACUAUACAGCAGUCACUUACAAUGUUCUCCUCCAGCAGAAGAAAACUGUUUUCCAUCAAAAGGAUGUGAAGGUUCCGGGAGUCAGCAAGAUGUUCACCACAUUUUAUGCAAACAAAAAGUCACUGCUAGUAAAUCCAGUGCUUUUCUGGCAUCCAAGUGACUAUAGUCACCUAAUGGGUUAUGAUCAGCCCUUCUCCUUUAAUUUGGAUGAACUAAAAAAGUAAUGAAAAGUGAAAGAAUUAAACAUUGGCAAGAAGAGGUUACUUCUACAUUUUGGGUUUAUACAGUAAAACUUGCUUUCUCUGUCUUCGUCGGUAGUCAGCCAAGUACUCUUUUUCAUUUCAUGCAUUUUGUUUGAGCAAGAAGAACUCCCUGUGCUAAAACAAAAAAAAUACUGCAGAUGCUGGAAAUCUGAAAUAAAAACAGAAAAUGUUAUAUCACUCAGUAGAUCAAGCAGCAUCCAUGAAGAUGUUGGGCUGACAUUUCGGGUUUAUGACCCUUCACUGGAGUCCUUGCUGAGGACAGAUCUGGUAUCUGAGCUGUUGAGUGUUUCUAAAUGUUCUGUUUUUAUUCCUGUUAUAUACUGUUCUAGUAAAUAUUAUUUACAAAUUACUUUUAGUGUUUUUUCCCCUGUAUAAUCUCCACCCAUUUGAAGCUGUCCAAUAAGGUGUGCUUGUGGCCAUUUGAGAACUGACCUGAGUAUCUUCUCUAACUUUAAUUUUCUGCUGUUGACCAGGAACCAGCUGUGAUCAAGAGGAUAAGCAACUAACUCACCCUGGCCCCUACCAUUAUUGCUUUGAACUUGUUUUUGGAGGUUGUGGGAGCAUUUUUUUUAACAAAGAAAAAUUCCAUUCCUUAGUAAAUAUGUUCCUCAGCUAAAUGAGCAGAAUUAAAACUGAGCAUGGGGUGCUAGUGACUGAAAUUUUAACAUCUGACCUCCUUUAUUGAAGUUAAAAAUGUAUUGCUUGAUCCUAGUUGUCCAAUUCUGGCACUGACCCUGUAUCUCAUAUCCCUUGCUUCUGUAAGGAAAUACCUGGUUGAGAACAGGAAACAGGAAAGUAAUGACAGAGAUCAGAUCUCUUACUGCUCCCAUGCCACCUCAUUUUAAUUGUUUCUCUUUCCCAUCUUUGAGAAUUUCACUUAAGUGAGAGCUUCAGGCUUGUGACUGAAAUGGCACCCGAAUAUGCUGACCAAUGGGACACUAAGAAAUUACUUUUCAUUGUUGGUUUUCCUAAGCUGUUGGAAAUGUUCUGUACGUAUUUCUAAAAUACUUGUUCAUUUGUUUAGUUUCUGUAAAAUAUUGGUUUGGAUGGUGUAGUAACUGUGUAGAGGAAAAAAGUACCAUUUGUUUCUAUUGCACAGAAAUCUUGUACAAUUACAUUUUCCUGAAGAUCAACUAAUAAAUAUACAACAGUGACAAUAGGCUUUAUUUUUUCUUAAAUACUGUUUAGAGAUAUGUACUGACCUCUUAUUCAGAUUGUGAAAACCAACAGAUAUUUUACAGAGUUAUUUUUUUAUUAUGCCCUAUUGGUCAGCAAAUUAAGGACUUGUCAACAGCUUAUGACAACAGCUGAUUACGCAGUGAAUGUAAAAAGGGUGCCAAUUUCACAUUGGGGUAAAAGAAAGACUUGCAUUUUUAUCGUACCUUUCACAGCCUAGGGACAUCCUAAAGCACUUUAAAGCCAGUUUAGUACUUUUGAAGUGUAGUAAUGUACGAAACGUGGCAGCCAUUUUGUGCAUAGCAAGCACCCACAAACAAAUGUGAUAUUUACCAUAUUUUUAAAAAUAAGGUUGCAGCUAAAAGUGCAGCUUACUUUCCUUUUCAUGUUAGGAUUCUAGUUUUCAAUAAAAAAUAUGUGGAACAA